UACAGUGUGCGAUAGAGAGAGGUAAUAUGGCGGCGCAGGAGACCCAAGCAACACAGCAGCCCUCCGUAAGCAACGGAGAGGUGAGCAGUAAUGGGGCAGCAGCCUCAGGUCAGGUAGCUCAGACAGAUGCAACAGCUCCAGACGCCCAACAACAACAGCCACAACAGCAGCCCAAUGCCUGGCAGGUGAUCAAAGGUGUCCUCUUUAGGAUAUUUAUAAUCUGGGCUAUAAGCAGUUGGUUCCGCAGAGGUCCAUCAACUCCAGAUCCAAACACUCCCACUGGAGCUCCACGUGCGCCCAGCCGAAACCUCUUUCCCAAGGACACUCUUAUGGAUUUCUAUGUAUAUAUCUCUGAGAAUGAGAUAUUCACAGAUUUCAACAACACAGAAGCCUUGGUCUGGUUUCAACAAGAUCUGGUUUAUGGAGACUGGACCACAGGGGACUCGGGAGAUGGCUGUCAUGAACAUUAUAAAGAGUUGGACCUUUCUGAGAGCGUGAAGCAGAACGGCUCCAUAUACAUCCACGUUUACUUCACCAAGAGUGGCUUCCACCCAGACCCCAAACGCAAGGGCCAGUAUCGCAGACUGGCCACUGUACAUUCCACUCGAAUGCUUAAUAAGUACAAGAGGAGGAAGUUCCUCAAGACAAAGAACCUGUUGACAGGUGAGACGGAGGCUGAUCCAGAAAUGAUCAAGCGGGCGGAAAGUCACGGCCCUGUGGAGAUCAUAUCCCAUUGGCAUCCCAACCUCACCAUCAACAUGGUGGAUGACCACACAGCCUGGGUGAAGGGCUCUGUUCCACCUCCUCUUGACCAGCAUGUGAAGUUUGACGCGGUGAGUGGAGACUACUACCCUAUCGUUUACUUCAAUGACUACUGGAACCUACAGAAGGACUACUACCCCAUAAAUGAUACCCUGCAGAACCUGCCCCUCCGGAUCAUAUACUGCCCCCUCUCCCUGUGGCGAUGGCAGCUGUAUGCCGCUCAAAGCGCUCGAUCACCCUGGAAUUUCCUGGGAGAUGACACGUACGAGCAGUCAGAUGAGGACCAGGACUCUGUUAAGGUGGCUCUACUCGAGACCAACCCUUAUCUCCUGGGCCUGACUAUAGUUGUUUCCAUCGUCCACAGCAUUUUUGAGUUUUUAGCCUUCAAGAAUGAUAUCCAGUUUUGGAACAGCCGUCAGUCUCUGGAGGGGCUGUCCGUACGCUCCAUCAUAUUUGGUGUGUUUCAGUCACUGGUUGUUCUGCUUUACAUACUGGACAACGAGACCAACUUCGUCGUUCAGGUCAGCGUGUUUAUCGGCCUGCUCAUCGACUUCUGGAAGAUCACUAAAGUCAUGGAUGUCAGGCUGGACAGAGAGAACAAGAUUGCUGGAAUAUUCCCACGGUUGAUAUUCAAAGACAAGUCCACGUAUGUUAAGUCAUCAACCAAAAUCUAUGAUGAUAUGGCCUUUAAGUACCUGUCCUGGCUGUUGUACCCUCUCUUUGGGUGUUAUGCAGUUUAUAGUUUAAUGUAUGUGGAGCACAAAGGCUGGUAUUCUUGGGUGCUCGGUAUGCUUUACGGGUUCUUGUUAACCUUCGGUUUCAUCACCAUGACGCCACAGCUCUUCAUCAACUACAAGAUGAAGUCAGUAGCUCACCUUCCCUGGAGGAUGCUCACCUACAAGGCCCUGAACACCUUUAUAGAUGACUUGUUUGCCUUUGUCAUCAAGAUGCCAAUGAUGUACAGAAUAGGUUGUCUCAGAGAUGACGUGGUGUUCUUCGUCUAUCUGUAUCAGCGCUGGAUUUACAGAGUGGAUCCCAACCGUGUCAACGAGUUCGGUACCAGCGGAGUGACCAGUGACGGCUCGGCCCAGCCAGUGGCCGACGACACAACCGCUGCCAUCACAGAUAAAUCAGAGGGGGAGAAGAAAAAUGAUUAACCUGUUUUAACCCUCCAUCUCGCCCUCUAGUCUCGUGAAGGUGUGUUAAGGCAUCUUCAGGGCUGAGUUUAUGUUUAAUUGUCAGGGAAGGGAACUGGAUAAAUGGUAUUACGCAAGAGACUGCAGAAGAAGGUUCAGUUGGACUUUCCUUCUCUUUGUGGGAUCCACAGGGGACAGAAACUAAUUCUAUUUAAUAACGGUUUUUUUUUUCAAACGCCCAUAUUUUUGCAGUCAAAGUGAAGUAAAAUGUGAUGUACUGUAUUGUAUAUUUUUGGGUUGGUAACACUAAUAAUUUGAAGGGGUCAGGUGGUCUGUAAUGAAAUCCCAGUGGCUGGAGUCAAUAGGACGAUUGCAGUACAUAUCAUUUUUGCUUUGAAGUCCAAAAGUGAGGACAGAGAGGUCACACGCAUCCUCGCAGUUUUCCUCAUUCGGUGUACUUGUUUUCUGUUCAUUCCAUGUGUUAAGGGGUACCAGGACGCAGUUGUGUAGCCAGUUCUGUUCAAAUGCUACCCGUGCGAGAGACUUUCCACGUUUUUAAAAGAAUUGAUGUUGCAUACUUGAACAAAAAAAUAAAGAAAUAACAGCCUUGUAGGUAUUAAUAUAUAAUUAUAUAUUCAUUUUAUUAAUAACAAUGAUUGUUUUUCUUGUUUCUAAGCUUCUGGAUUUUCUUUUGUGUGCUCUAAAAGUGCACAGCAUCCCAAGCUUGUAAACGUAACCACACUGCGUUCAACUGUCUAGCAAUAGCUGAAUUGACGUUCCUUUACAGAGAACUUGUCCCAUUACAUUCACACUCCAAAGCUGGACCAGCAUAUGUCCCACAUAUGGGUGGGUACAUGGCACAGUUCAAGGAUAUGUAAGACGAAAUGCCUGAUUUGUCCCUUUUUAGUGCCGUAAUUCUAAAUUCAUUGGACUUUUGUUUUGGUACGUUCCAAAUUUGAUCACUCAUGUUUAUAGUAAAGCAUAAGUGCAGUUUAAAGUG